UGAAAAACCGAUUGGAUUUUUUUGAAAAAGUUUUUUCUGUUUUGAUUUUUAAAUUAAAAAUUUUUGAAUCUUGUUUUACAAAUUGUGACCUGUGUACCUAUUGAAUUAUGAUGAACGAACCUUUGAAAGUAUUUUAUUUUAAUUCGCGAUGGAAUACAUUCGUUUUCGAUGAGAAACUUUACUCUCAGUGGUUAUCAUCAUUCAAUGAAAAGCACCGAGAUUUACCUGUUGCUAUUGUUUCCAUUGUCGGUGAUGCGAGAAAAAGAAAAUCUUUUCUUUUGAACUUUUUCCUUCGAUAUUUACAACGACACGAUCAAGAAGAUUGGAUUGGUGAUCUGGAUGAACCAUUAAGAGGUUUCUCAUGGAGAGAUGACGUCGAGCGAGAUACUAUUGGAAUCGCUUUAUGGCCUAAACCUUUUGUAUUGACACGAAAAGAUGGUUCAAAAAUUGUUGUUAUUUUAAUGGACAUUCAGGGUUUUUAUGAUGAUCAUAAUGACCACGAUACAAUCGGUCAAUUUUUCAUCAUUUCAACAAUUAUUUCAUCGAUUCAAAUCUAUAAUCAGAAGGGAAACAUUCAAUCAAAUGAUUUUACAAUUUUAUCAAAAUUCAGUGAAUAUGCUAAUAAAGUCGGGUUAGAAAAUGGUGUUGACGGCUUUCAGCGAUUGCUGUUCGUGAUCCGAAUUUUGUCUAAGUCAAGAGAACUUGAAUUUGGAUUCAAGGGGGGAAACAAUUACCUGAAAUACAAGAAAGAAAUUCAUCUGGAUAAAUUUUGUUCUCCAUGGGCAAACUUGGAGAAGUGUUAUUCGGACAUAGGUUUUUUCUUGUUACCUUCAAUUGGAGAUCGAGCUGAAGAUCUUGAUUUUAAUGGAAAAAUAAGUAAACUGAAACCUGAAUUUGUCAAAGCUCUUAGAGAAUUGGUUCCAUCACUAUUAGCACCAGACAGAAUUGUCACCAAAUCAAUUGGAGGAGAAGAAGCUCAAUGUUGGCAAGUCCUGAAUAUCUUCAAGAAAUUAGCAGAAAGUAAAGCAAUGGAAUCAAUUAAGAAAUCUCAAACUAUAAAAGACAUCUCGCAAAUCAUUAAGGCUUCUUAUCAUUCCAAAACCCUUUUCCAUUUCACUUUUCAAGAGAAAGGGUUUCUUUUUGCCCAGGAAUUGUCUAUUCGAAUGUACGACAACGAAAUACAAUUAGUUCAUGGUGAAAAAAUGCUCGCGUCUUCUGCUCGGGAUGAUUUGUUUGUUUACUUUGGAAGUUUGCUAAAUAAUUACAUCAAGAUUAAUGAAGCUUCCAUCAAUAGACCGAGUAAAAUUGAUUGGGUCAAGAUGAUCGGAGUUGGAGCAUUUGUUGCCUUUACUGUAGCGAGUCUUGUCUUGCUGAAAAGGCCAUGAACUUUUAAAAUGUUUCUUAACACUCAUUUGAAACUAAAAGAUAUAUGUAUCCUAAAUGCUCCCUUUGUGAAAUUUUUCAGAAAUUGAUAAAAUUUUGAUAAUCGACUCGAAAGCAAUCAAAUGGAAGUACACGCGCUAAGGAAAUCGACAGGACUGGAGUUCCAACCAAUAAUUUAAUAGAUUGGGUCACUAAUAAUAUAAUUAGAGGUGGACGUUUAAUUGGCGCUACUAUUUCUACUCUUAUUUUGCGAAAUAAGCCUACAAAAAAACUCAUAAAGUCAUGAGUUGUACUUUUCUCAACAUUUAACGUUAUAUGGAACCUCAACUUGGAGCUGAAAGACUCAAAAAGUACAAAUAAUAUUUAUUAAAUAUCUCCUUUGAAAGAUUCAUUCAAAAUGUCCAAAUUUUGAUCACACUUUCGAUUCUAAAGCUUUCUCGAUGAAGCGGAGUGACAUUGAUUCGAUGGAGAUCUGUAAAUACAAACGGUGUCUCAAAAAACACUCGCCCAAAUGGAAACACAUCUUUCAUACUGGAAACUUUCGAGUCAAUUUCCUCAUUGUGAGCAGAAUAAAUUCGACCAAUUCCGAAAAGAGCCGAAAAACUGUUAAUUGGCAAAGAUCACACGUUCUCAGCAUAUCGGUAUCCAAAGUGACCAUAAAAUUAUUCAAUUUCUGUGGACUCAAAAGUCUUGAAAUUACAGUUAAUCCAUUAAUAAAAGCGGAUGAUUUCUGUAAUUUAAGACUGUGAAAUUUUCCAUAGUAUCCUAAACAUGUAAUGAUUUAAUAUAAUUUCAAUUUGACGUUGUUAUUGGAUAUAAGAUAUUAACGUUAUUAUCAAAAUGAUAAGUUGAUUUAUGAGAACCAUGAUAACGAUAAAUGAUGAUGAUGAGAGUCAAUUAUAACUUUCAUGUUAUCUGUUGCUAUUUUCAAAAUGAAACUACUAACAAGCCAAUGACAAUAUCAUCAUCUCAUGGAUGUUAGUUUAACUUGAACAUGAUGAGAGUAUAUUAAUUAUCAUCUAAAAGGAAAUGGAAAGAUGACAAUAAUGAUGAUAAUAAAUGAAACCUUCAAAAUGAAAAACAAUCUCAUCUCAUGAAAGAUCAUACCAAUAGUUUGGAUUGUGAAAAACUGGACAUGGAUUGAUUAGAUUCAUCAUGAUGAUGGUCAUCAUCAUCAUCGAUUGGUCAUCAUUUUCAUUCUCGUUCAUCUCAGUAAUAUCAUGUUGUCUUACUAUCUAACAUUAAUAUCUUUAUUAUUAUCAUCAUUAUCAUCUCUUGAAAUGUGAUAUUUUCAGAGGAUAAAUGCAAUUGGAAGACAAAUGAAGAUGGAGGAA